UUACAGCCUGAAGGAGUUGAACGGAUCUUCACCCAGAGUUGGUUAUUGUGUCCAAAGGGAAGUGUCCUUUCAGAAGACGUGUCUCUGACGUUUCCAACAAAUGUGAUCCAGGGAUCAGCCAAGUGCUCAGUUUCAGUCCUUGGGGACAUAAUGGGUCGUGCGCUAAAGAAUCUUGAUAACUUGUUACAGUCAUCUGGCUGUGGAGAACAAAAUAUGAUCGUUCUUGCUCCCAAUAUUUACAUCCUCCAGUACCUGGAAGUCACUGGUCAGCUCACCCCAACCAUCCGACAGACUGCCAUUGGUUACCUUCAGAGCGGUUACCAAGGACAAUUGAACUACAGGCACAGUGAUGGUUCAUACAGCACGUUUGGUUACGAUGCAUCCAAUACAUGGUUGACCACCUUCGUCAUGAGGUCUUUUGGCCUAGCAAGGCGUUUCAUCUUCAUUGAUCCCAGUGUCCUCCAGAGCGCAAAGGAUUGGCUGAUCAGCAAGCAGGGUUCAGAUGGCUGUUUAUGCAGCAGGGAACUCUGUACCACAAUGCCAUGAAGGGUGGUGUUGGUGAUAACGUGACCAUGACCGGCUACGUUGUUGCGUCGCUGCUAGAACUAGGUGUUCUUGUCACG